AGAUGGCACAGGCGCUCGAAACCAUGUCCCUCUUUAUUCCUUCUCCUCUCCGCUCUCCGAUCGCAUCAUCUUUAUUUACCCGAAAGACAAAAACAAGGUUGCAUCAGCGCUUUACCCAACUCCCUGUAGUCCACUUCUCCUCCUGCUGUGGAGGAAGUGACGAGCUGAGGAAGAAUUUUGAUCCGAAAAGCUCAAAAAUGGCUAUAUCGCCGAUAUGGGUAUUUGGGUAUGGCUCUCUUAUCUGGAAGGCUGGUUUUAACUACGACGAGCGCCUCGUCGGCUUCAUCAAAGGCUAUCGCCGUGUCUUCCACCAAGGCAGUACGGACCACAGAGGGACGCCUGAAUAUCCAGGAAGAACAGUCACAUUGGAACCUGCAGAAGGAGAAGUCUGUUGGGGAGUUGCCUACAAGAUCUCAAACAAGGAAGAUCAAGAAGUUGCUAUAACGUAUUUAGAAGUGAGGGAGAAGCAGUAUGACAAGAAGGCUUAUCUUGAUUUCUUCACCGAUCCAAUGGCGACAUCUGCAGCUGUUUCAGGUGUAAUGGUAUACAUCGCCUCUCCGGACAAGAAACAUAAUGUGAACUACUUGGGUCCUGCAUCCACCGAAGAGAUCGCCAAACAAAUUGUUCAGGCUGAAGGCCCGUCGGGGCCUAAUAGAGACUACCUUUUCCGCCUUGAAGAGGCACUUCUUCAACUAGGAUGCAAAGACAAACAUGUAUUGGACCUUGCAAACGAAGUGAGGCGCAUCCUGUCGGAGAGGGAGCUGACUUCAACAUGAGGCCAAGAAGCUUUAUGAUUUUACAGGUCCCCCGGCAUAACAAUUAUAUGAAUCUGUUACCAGAACAUGUAGUCUGAUUAAGACAUUGUUUCGCCUUUCAAUUGCUUUUGGAUGGCACUUUGAUGUCCAUCAUCAAAAAUUCCUCAUUUGUAAACUCUUGUUCAUGUUGAAUUGGCCUGCAUGACGAGAGACUCAGAUAGUAGGGCAACCGGUUUAUCUUGAAGGUUCCGCUGGACAAUGAGAACGAACUUGUCCCGUUCAAUGCUGUCAUCGUGGUUCACCAUUGUGUGUAAAUUGACAGUGGAUAUUUGACUAAAUUCAGGUAUUUUCAGGCAAA